AUAUCCACAAAUAUACAUCCAGUAAGACAUACGAGUCUCACUCUUUUAUGUACAAUAACUCCAUCUAUACCCAAACAUCAACAUAGACAUUUUAGCAUAUCCACUAAUAGUUAAUUCAUCAACUACCCAAAUAAAAAUCAAACACUAUCUCCAAAAUUGAGAAUCUGACUUUUCAGUUGCCUGAACCUGUCUGUCCUCAUAGGAAUUAUACUAGCGACCACUUCCACUCUCACCUUUUGAUUUCAGAUGUCUCUCCCCCUUAAUGCUUUGUCACAAAGAUAAGCAUUUAAAAUCAAACAAGGCCCUUGAAAUAAAUCAUCCUAAAAGUUCUGUUAUGAUGGUAUGUAAAAAAAAGCCACCUAUGAACUAUGUGAAGAAAUCUUGUGCUGCAAGUGGUGGUCCACUCACCUUUAGCUUGCAAUACUCCUAUAGCGAGCUACCCGGGUAGCAUUAUUCCUGCUUCUUAGAGAAGAGGAAAGGUUUUACCCACCAAAUGAGACACUCUGGAGUUUAGAAUAGCAAAAUCUGGACCCCAGAGAAGAACAUGAUCGCCUUUUCCAUAUAAUAUCUUUGUUCUUGUCCUAGUUUCUUUUCUAAGGCCCACCUUUUGCAGACCACUAGUAAAAUUAACAAGUUCCUUCUGGUGGCAUAGUCUCCAUUCUUGUUUUUAGGAAUGUGAUUUUGUCAAUGGCUUCAGUAGAUCCCAUAUUUUAUAUGACACUCCUGAUGUUUUUACAAAGGACCUAUAUGUAAUGCCACACAUGAAACACACAUCACACACACAAAACAUCUGUGUAUAUGUAUGUUUUUUUUAAAUCUUUUUUUGUUGGGGAAUUUUGUCUUUGUUCUUCUGGAAAAUUGUCUUAUUUUAUAAUAGAGAUUUGGACCCUAUCCCCAAAUACAUCCAUUUUCCCCAGCUAGUCCUUGACAUACUAUGAGGCUCAAGUUGACAUCACAAUAUCCCUUUUCUGAGGAGGAGGUCAUGGCCUUUGUGGGUGGGGCAGGAGGAGGGGCAACUAUGAGGGGAGUUAUCACCACUUAGUCCACCUUGUGCCAAUAUGAAUUAAUAGCCACACCAGGCCUCAGCUGGGCCACAUCUGGAGAUCUGGGGUGAGGGUACAACAUCAAAAAUACUGGUCUCAGUCCAGUCACUCAUCUAUUUUUGGACAGCAAGAAAGCUAGCCUGUGGCUUGAGAACAGAACACCCACAGCGAAGGCCAGCAGAAACAUUUGCCUGCCCUCACCCCUCUGCCCCUGCUUCUACUCACUCCCCAUCUGCCCACCCACUAAGUUCCAUGACGCAUGUCAUCUCUCGAACACCCAAAAUGCCCCAUAGAGGGCGUUCUUCAGGUCUGCCUGCAGACAGGACCAUCUCCAGUGUUACUCGAGUGAUAGUGAAGACACCAGGCAACCUGAAAGACUUUAUAGUAGCUGAUGACACCUCAGUGAGGCAGUUCAAGGAGAAGCUAUCGGCUCACUUCAAAUGUCAAAUGGAUCAACUAGUGCUGGUCUUCAUGGGCCGCCUUCUCAAAGACCAUGACACACUGAGCCAGAGGGGCAUCGUAGAUGGCCACACCAUCCAUCUGGUUAUCAAGUCCAAGCACGGUUCCAGAUCCCUGGCCCAUUCCUCCAGGAACCUGCCAGUCAACGAGCCCUGCCAUGGGGACAGAAACACCAAAGGAAAUAGCAGUGGGGUAUGCAAAUCUGCCAGCAUGAGUCAAACACCCACGGAAUCAGACCUCUUUGUGAAGACUGAUGCACCCAAAGUGCGUACUCAGGACUUGAAAGUAGACACUUCAGAGUGUAUAGCACGGAUACUGGAGAAUCCUAAUAUCCAGCAGCUUCAGUCCAAUAUGGAGUAUAUUCGGCAGUUCAUCUCUGAACACCCAGACAUGGAACAAUUGAUGCAGCAGAAUCCAGAAGUCUCCCAUCUCCUUGACAAUUCGGAGAUCCUAUAUCAGACUCUGGAGUUAGCCAGGAAUCUUGCCAUCAUUCAAGAGAUAAUGCAGACCCAGCAGCCUGCACAGAACCCCGAGCAUCCACUGAAUACACUGGGUUUUGAGACAGUUCCAGGUGGGAAUAAUGCCUUGAGUCAGAGCUACACUGAUUUCAAUGACCGAAUGCUCAACAAUUCGAAAGAUCCUUUUGGGGGCAACCCUUUCACAGCUCUCCUGGCAGGACAAGCACCAGAACAGCUACAGACUUCACCCACAAUUCCACCACCAUCUCAGGAAUGGCGUGACCAGUUCCCACAGCUCCCUACAACCAAAGUCAUCUAUACUAGUUCCCGUGGUUUUUCCUCCAUCUCAACCAAUGGCAUCUCAACCAAUGCCACCCCAAACAGAGUCAACCAUACUUCCACGAUCUCGACCAACGACCAAAGCCCUGUCCAUGAUACUGAGAUAGCAGCCUUGCCUAGUAAAGAAGUUAUCCAAAAGUCUCAAGAGGAAGACCAGGAUGCCACUAUCUCUAUAGAUAGUCCUGAACAGAAGUUGGAGGAAGAUCCCCAGUUGUCAGAUGAGCAGAAUAGUUCUCAGAUCGCAGGAGGCAUGAUGCAGUUACUUAUGAAUAAUCCCCACCUGGCAGCUCAGAUGGUGUUCAUGGGUAUGCCCCAGCUGAAUGACCAGUGGAAACAGCAGCUGCCCACAUUCCUGCAGCAGUCACAACUCUCUGACUUUCUUUUAGCCCUUACUAACCCUAAAGCGUCACAAGCAAUAUUGCAGAUCGAGCAGGGACUCCAGCUGUUGGCCACAGAGGCUCCUGUUCUUCUGCCCUGGGUUGCACCUUACUCAUGGGGCCUAGGUUGUCUUUCUGCCCCCAACUGCAACUAUCCUGACCCAGUGCACUGGGCCUGGAAUAUACCCGAGUCCAAGAGAUCCGAGUGCUGCCACGUACCUGGAACAAUCCUGCAGAAGCUACAAUCCCUAGCUGGAGAUCCUUCCCACUUUCUACAAGCCCUUGAGAUUCGUUUCAGCAAGCAGAUGGAAUCUCUUCAGGCCAUGGGAUUUGGGAAUCACCAUGCCAAUCUACAGGCACUCAUUGCUACUGAAGGGGAUACCAAUGCGGCUAUUCGCAAGCUCAUGAGAUCCCAGGGAUUCUAAAUACCAUAUCUACCUGUCUGCUUUCUACCUGUCUGCUGACUCAUGAUCACCUCAUCUGCCUUUUUUUUUUUCUUUUUUAAAAAAACCUCUUCUGAUGCUUCCAACCAGGAGUAGUCCUGGAAAAGGAGAAAGCAACCAAUGCUUUCUUUACUGAAUAUUAGACCAUUGGUGAUGGCUGCAAGAUCUGUCAAUAAAAUGGCUGCACCUACAUGCCCUCAUCUGAGGUUUGGUUUUGUUUAUUUUGCAGAAAAGUGACUAAAUAUAUUUGAUAUCCCUGUCUUUCCUCACAUACGCGCGCAUGUGCGUGCACACGCACGCACCCCACAUGCACAUAUUAAUAAAGAUCUGAAAAGAACCACAGUUGCACCUAUGCUCAAAUAACCAAAACAUGCAUAUAUAGCCUAACACAGGUGCAAACACACACAGAUACACAUAGAUACCUAGAGACAUGUAAAGAGACCCACAUGUAGGGGAAGAGAAACAUGAAAUGCUCAUACAGAAAGGGAAAACUUACAUAGACCCAGAUACUUAUCCAUAAAAACUGAUAUUUAGUAAUACAUUAAAAAAAUCUACAUUGUUCAUUUUUGCAAAUGAAAGAAUGGCCUGACAGGUCAAUGUAGGAAGAAUUUACAUAUUGGCCAGGCCUGGAUGAGUACUUAAAAUUGUGGCCUCUAACUAACUGCCAGUGAUAGAACUUGGAUGGGUUGUUGCUAUUGUUUCUUUAGCACACACAGGUGCAACUGCUGCCAUUUUCAUGGAAUACAGUCACUAAACCCAGUCUUUUAUGGGAUGCAGCAUCAUCCAGGAUGUUCACACCCUCCAGUAUAUCGUUUGUACCUUGUGCUUCCCUCAGUUGUUGAAGGCUCACUUUCCCUUCCUGUCUCACCUGGGAUGUUCCAGAUUGGCAGGAUAUGCAACCAACUCUGGUUCAAUUAUUCAAUUAUUCUAUAAGUUAAUAAGCUUUUAAUUUAGUAAGUCAACAUGGUUUUAGGCAUUGGACAAACAGCAGUGACAUAACAAAAGAUCAUUUGUGGAGCUUACUUUCUUUUGUGAAGAUACAGACAAUAAAUAUCAAGAUUAUUUUAUAAGUGUAUUAAGUUGUGGAAAGUGCUACAAAGAAAAAUGAACUAAAGUCAGUCAUUGUGUUGUGUACCUAUAAUCCCAGCGGCUGGGAUUAUCGUAUUCAAUUUUUCCCCUCAUCACCAAUUCUAUAAAGAUUUUCACAUUUCAACUGCACUCUAUAAUUCAGACCUUUGCAACAGAAAACCACUCAUGUGUGCAACGUUCUUUCUAAAGGUUUUCUUAUCUUUUUGCUAUAACAUGUCUGUCCAGUGCCUUGACAGCUUAGCAAUGGCAAGACACUAAGCAACUCAGUGAGAACCCUGUGUCUUAAUAAAAUACAAAAUAGGGCUGGGGAUGUGGCUCAGUGGUCAAGUGCCCCUGAGUUAUAUCCCUGGUAGUCCCCCCUGCUUCCCCCAAAAAAGAAAGAAAAAGAAAUGAAAAAUGAAUUAGGAUUAUCUACCCUAAACAGAGUAAUCAGGAAAGGCUGAUCUGAGAUGAUGACAUUCAGAUUGAAGGAAAUGGAAACAAGAUGCAAUUCCCAGGAGAAGAAUGAUCCAAGGAGAGAAGGUUGUAUGAAAAUAAAAGCAUUGACAUAGGGUAUUCCUGUUGUGCUUGAAGAAUAAUAAGGAGGUUUAUGCAGCAAGGCAAGGCGGGGUGAACAAAAAACCCACCUACCCAACCAACCAAACAAACCAAAAACCCCAGGGGACAGGGUCACAAGUAUUGUGAAAAUCUUUGAAGAACUGGUGAGCAUUUUGCAUUUUAUUUACCAUGAAUGUAAUAAAAGCCACUGGUGGGCACAUUUAUUAAUUGUAGACAUUAAAAUAUAUCACAAGAUUCCCCCCAAAUGAAAUUUAAACCCAAGUGUUAAUUAUUCUCCACUGUGAUUCCUUCAAUCACACUCUGAUUGUGCCAGAGAUUUCUCAUUUUUCAUCUUAAUUUUCAUAGAAACCAACACUGUUUUUCUUUAACAUGCUUCUUUGAUGAUCUGAAUAUCUUUUGAUUUGGAUUAAAGUUCUGGCAUACUUUUCGAGUCUAAUAGAUAAUUUUAUUUAUAAUUGCUUCUCUGUUGUAUUUUAAAAGAAGAAUGAAAUGAGCAAGUUGUGAAAUAAAGUUGUGUCUUAAAAUUGUAAA